AUGGAGGACAGCUCUAAUCCAGUCUCGCUGGAUUGGGCAGCUUCGGUGAACCUGCCCAUGGAUGUGGAGGCCGUGGCAGCCACACAGCUGGACCCCACCACGCAGCUGGACCCUGCCACUCCUCUUGAGGAGGCUUUGACCGCAACCUUGAGGGAGGAGGCACUGGCAGUGACACCAGUUAAGAAGCGGAGGCAGUCCUACGAGGCCCUGCUGUCUCCAGUCAAGACGUCUCCUACAGCUUCCGCCUCGUCGACCUUCGCCAUGGUCAAGGAGGAUCCCUACCUGGCAUCUCCAAGUCCGUCGGUGAAGAGUCCCAUGGACCUUGCAGAUGAGGAGCUUGAGAAGGUGCUGCAGAAGCACUUUGGCAGACGACCGGAGCCUCUGUCCCGUGUUCUAGAACAGGCCGCAGACCCAGCAGCACUGCCAGCGUCACUAGAGGACGUCAGAAUAGGGAAGAAAGUCACGGAGUUCCCCGUGGAGGUCCAGAAAAGGUUGGUGUCGCUCUACCUGGUCGGGCUGCAGUGUGGCAUCCACCGUCCUGAGGAACAGCCUCACUUGGUGCUCCUGACCUCGGACGGUUUCUGGCAUCCAGUGCUGGAGCGGCUUCUUCAGGGCAUCAUGGAAAAGUCAGGACCACCAAAUCAGCAGCUCCUGGAGGAGAUGCCCGUGGAGCAGCUGAAGAGUCGCACGCUUCUGGCUGAGAGCAAUAUCGGCGUGGUCCACGUGCUGCGCUUCUCAAAGUACCUGAAGCUCGGAGCCUCUCACCUCGAACUGCACUGCAAGAGACGGGACCAAGGGUUGUCAGCGAGACUUCAGCUCUACAAGCGCCAGUACGCUUCCGAGGACUGUCGCCUCGAAAGCCUGCCCGUGGUCGUUGUCUGCCGCACUGCAGCCCAGGCACUUCUCCUGGAAGGGUUUCUACACCACUACAUGCGACGAUGGUAUCCCCAAAUGGUCAUCUCGGAGUCUGACACAAAGCAGCUUUACAGCCUCGACGCGCAGGACGUCCUUCUGCAGCAGCUGCACUGGCGCGCACAGCGCUCGGCUCGCCAGCUCAAGGUCUGGAAGCAGUGGCUUGACCAGCAGACCAACGUCGUUGGCUCCACGGACACCGCUCUGCCAGAGGAGAACUCGCGAAGCGGAGCGACUCUCGCUGAGGCUGUGGUCUGUGGAUCUGGGAUGGAUGAGAGGACCCUCGCCAUGGUGCAGGGCCUCUUUGCAAUGAUCUUUGGAGCUGCCGUCCUUAGUCUUUUGAGUGAAGCGCAAGUCUUUCCCAGGCGCUGCAUAUGCCAGACUGGUCCCGGGAUUUAUGGCUUCUGCGAGGUGUGGCAAGAUUGCCGCACGGUCAUCAGCUUCAUGAUGGGCGCACUGAUAUGCCACUGUACCAGAUGCUCCAAAGGAGAUGAUGAUCAAGAGCCAAGUGGAAGGAAAGGGCUCCAUCUGUCCAUGAUUUGGUGA